AUGGUCGCCAUUCGAUAUCUCCUUCAAGCCCUAGUGGCCUCGAUACUAGACACCACCGCCCUCAGUAGGGCAAUCAAACCACACCACCACGGUCAGCUAUCAGAAAUUCAGCACCCUCUCGGACAGUAUCCCCAAGAUAAGCCAGGAUGUGAUGGUUCUGGCAUCAUCGCGCCCGGUAACGGCGAUUGCAACGGCGAUGGCCUCAUCGACAACCCCAAUCCCCGACACAGAGACCGAGAGGGGUUCCACUUUGAAAAUCCUUCGACAGAUUGUGCCUAUGUCACGCAGAUGCACAUCUGGGACUCAUUCAAGGAUUUGGAAAAGGACAUGAACAAAUUGUUCACGCUGAUCCACAAGGAUGUGAACUUCACGGUUGUCGGACACCAUCCCAUCGCGGGUCAUUACAAUGACCUGAUGCAUUUUUAUGUCAAUGCUCUUCGUCGGGUUAGUGUCUUGUUUAUGGAUCAUGCGGACAAGUUCGAGAUCCAUCCUCAAGCCAUCCACGGGGGUUGCAAUGAGCGGUGGUCGGUGCAGGAGGUUCAAUUCAAAGGGAUCAUGAAUUCCGGCGAUCCUUUCGAUAUCGUCAAUGUCUGGGUAACUCGCUGGCACAAGGGCCAGAUGGUUGAGAUUCGAACAUACAUCGACGCAGCCCGAAUCAUGGAAGCCCUGCACAAGAAUGAGAUCUGGUGGAAUGGCACCACUUUCCGGGACAAUGUGAAUUAUAUGCCUGGACCAGCGGGCAUGCCGGAUAUCAAGGCAUUGGAGGAUCUAAUGCAUUAUCCGGAUGGAAGUCCUUAUGAGGAUUGA